CGGAGUGAAGCUGCAGCCGCGAUGGCCACUACCGUGACCUGCACCCGCUUCACCGACGAGUAUCAGCUUUACGAGGAAAUUGGCAAGGGGGCUUUUUCCGUGGUGCGACGCUGUGUCAAACUUUGCACUGGACAUGAAUACGCAGCCAAGAUUAUCAACACCAAGAAGCUCUCAGCAAGAGAUCACCAGAAGUUAGAGCGAGAAGCUCGCAUCUGCCGUCUCCUGAAGCAUUCCAACAUUGUUCGCCUCCAUGACAGCAUAUCCGAGGAAGGUUUCCAUUACCUUGUCUUUGAUCUGGUCACGGGCGGUGAGCUCUUUGAAGACAUUGUUGCCAGAGAAUACUACAGUGAAGCUGAUGCAAGUCAUUGCAUCCAGCAGAUCCUGGAGGCUGUUCUCCAUUGCCACCAAAUGGGGGUCGUCCACAGAGACCUCAAGCCGGAGAACCUGCUUCUGGCCAGCAAAUGCAAAGGAGCAGCGGUGAAAUUGGCAGAUUUUGGCUUGGCAAUUGAGGUUCAAGGAGACCAGCAGGCCUGGUUUGGCUUUGCAGGUACUCCUGGCUACCUUUCUCCAGAGGUUCUACGCAAAGAAGCUUAUGGGAAACCUGUGGAUAUCUGGGCAUGUGGUGUUAUUCUUUACAUCUUACUCGUGGGGUAUCCUCCUUUUUGGGAUGAGGAUCAGCACAAGCUGUACCAACAGAUUAAGGCUGGUGCCUACGAUUUCCCUUCCCCUGAAUGGGACACAGUCACUCCUGAAGCAAAAAACCUCAUUAAUCAGAUGUUAACUAUCAACCCUGCAAAGAGAAUCACAGCACAUGAAGCUCUGAAACAUCCAUGGGUCUGCCAACGUUCGACAGUGGCCUCAAUGAUGCACAGGCAGGAGACUGUAGAAUGUCUGAAAAAGUUCAAUGCAAGAAGGAAGCUGAAGGGUGCCAUUCUUACCACUAUGUUGGCAACAAGAAACUUUUCAGUGGGCAGACAGACCACCGCUCCCGCCACCAUGUCUGCAGCAGCAGCAGCCUCCGGUGCCACCAUUGGGUUGGUGGAGCAAGCAGCUAAAAGUUUACUGAACAAGAAAGCAGACGGUGUGAAGCCUCAGACAAACAGCACCAAAGGCAGCACCGGAGUUACCAGCCCAAAAGGAACCCUUCCUCCAGCCGCUCUGGAACCUCAAACCACCGUUAUCCAUAACCCAGUGGACAGCAUUAAGGAAUCAUCGGACAGCACAAACACCACCAUAGAGGAUGAAGAUACGAAAGUUAAAAGCACUGAUAAUGAGCUUGUAAAAAGUCACGUGAAUUCAGGAUCUGCCCCUGAACUUCCUUCCAGCCUGCAGACAUCUGUCAUCUCAUCUGCUGCUGCUGCAAUCACGGCUGCUUCCUCCAAGCUCUCUGAUGUAUUAGGCCUGGUGAAAAAAGGAUCAGGUACCCUUGUGGCUGAAGACCCAACACAUUCUUCACCCUGCAUAUUACCAGCUAUUGCAAGCCCCCUCCCUCCCCAGUCUGCUAAACAAUCUGAUGUCUUAGGCAUGGUGAAAAGGGGUUCUGGACCCCCAGAUGCUGAAGACCCAAAGCCUUCCAUUACCCUGCCUAAUCCAUCCAUGGGUGUUGCUAAUCCUCUUCCUCUCCAGUCUGCCAAACUCUGUGAUGUGUUAGGCAUGGUGAAAAGGGGCUCUGCGCCCCCCGAAAGUGAAGAGCCAAAGACCCCCAGCCCCCUUUCUGGACCACCUUCUAUUGUCACCAAUCCUCUGUCUCCCUUGUCCUCCAAGUUGUCUGAUGUCCUAAGCAUGGUGAAAAGGGGCUCUGGAGCCCUAGAAGCUGAGGGGCCACAGCCUGCUGCCACCCAGUUUUUCCCAUUUCUACCCAUUCCUAGUCCUCUUCCUUCAGAUCCCCGCAAACAGGAAAUAAUCAAGAUAACAGAGCAGCUGAUAGAGGCUGUGAACAAUGGCGAUUUUGAGGCCUAUGCGAAAAUAUGUGAUCCAGGCCUAACUUCGUUUGAGCCCGAAGCACUGGGCAAUCUUGUUGAAGGGAUGGACUUCCACAGAUUUUACUUUGAAAACUUGUUAUCUAAGAACAACAAGCCCAUUCACACAACCAUCCUGAACCCUCAUGUGCAUGUCAUUGGGGAAGAUGCUGCCUGCAUUGCCUAUAUCCGCCUGACACAGUACAUUGAUGGGCAGGGCCGUCCUCGUACUUGCCAGUCUGAAGAGACCCGUGUCUGGCACCGCCGAGAUGGCAAAUGGCAGAAUGUCCACUUCCACUGCUCGGGAGCUCCGGUGGCCCCACUCCAGUGAAGAAUUCAUGCUGGCUGUUCUGAUUUCAUCCCAAAGGAGAUGGUGAUUUCAGCUGAGCCACUAGCCGGGAGCAGCAGUGACAAGCACGCGCCCGCAUGCUCGUGUCCCCCCGUUCCCUCUCCUUCCCCUCUUUCAUUUCCAGUGCCUGUGUUUGCAAAGAGAGAGAGCGAGAGAGACAGAGAGAGACAGAGAAACACCUAAGAAAAACAAGAAUCCAAGUAGACUCAAUUGUUUUAAAAAAGAAGAAGAAGAAGAAGAAGCAAACCCAGCCAAACCCAUCCAGCUGUCUGACUUGCAGCCCGACUAUAAUGCACUCACCAUCCCUAUCAAUUCCAUUUUUCUUUUUUUCCUUUUGGUGUGCAGCUGUUCAGGUGACCAGAUGUUGCAGUGAAAAAUGUCUCAACUUCAAAAAAACAAAACAAAAAACAGAUCCCAUCUCCUCCCUGUAUCCAUCCCAGUGUUGAACAGUGUUCAUUUGUUUAGUGAAUACACACUUACACACACACACACACACACACACACACAAACAUUUAAUUUACCAGAUCUUGGUUCAGCGGGCUUCAGAUGCAGUGGACAAAAUAUGUCUGUGCACUUUUUUGCAUCUGCUCCUUGGCUGUUUUGACACAUGUGUAAAAUAUACAUUUGCCAUUUUACACAUGUAUUUAAAAAACAUUGCAUUUUGCAAUUUUUUUAGAUGUGGUGAACAUCCCUUCCCCCAUGAGUUUGUUAAAUCCAGGAUCUAUUGUAAAUAUAUAUACAUAUAACGCGUGUGUGUUUGUGUGCAUGUGUGCAUGCACAAACACAUACACAUAGCCAAACACAGAGCCCCCUUUUAUAGUAUUUGCAUUCUCUGCCAAAAGUUCGGGCCUUUUCCCUCUGGUUAUUGUGUUCGCGCUUGGAAGUUUGUGAUCAGUGCUACCAUUUUGUUUUGAAGAAGACCCCGCCCCUCCAAGCCCCUUCAUUUCCUUUCUUCUCUAGCUGUAGUUGUGGGUUAUGAUGAUGCUAAUUAUUCAACCUCUUCAUUUGUUUGUUUCCUUUGAAUAGAGGGAGGGGGAUCCUAUUGGUGGAGGGGUUUUGCUUUUUGGGCUCCUCCCAGGCUAACACCACUGCCAAUGAUUUUCUGGUAGGCUCAUGACUGCAUCCAUUCUGAUAGGUCUGUAGAUGACGCAUAGCACCGCCUUGGAGUUACAUAUAGGCCUCACUGCAGACUUUUGGAUACCUGCGUUCUCGUAGCACUUAACAUUCUACUAGCAUCUUGAUCCUGAUCUCUCAACAAGGGCUACUAACACUGGAGUUGUACUUGUGUCCCUACUGUAGUUUAUUAUGAAGGUGGGGAUUGCCCUUGCUUAGUGGGAUUGGCUGGAACGUUGUAAUGUUGCUUCAAGGAGCUAGCGAGAAAAGAGUCAAUAGUGUUAAAUCUCAGCCUUAUCUAGUGCUGGGAAGCUAACUAUCUGUCCAGCAGAACGAGGAAGAGAUGCUUUCUUACACUCUGUAAAUGCUCAGCCCCCCCCCCCUUUUCUCAUCCCUCUUUACCUGUGUUGACGUAAAAGGAAUAGAAAGUGACUAUUUUGGGGAGGGGGUGCUUGAAGUUCUUAACAGCCUAGAAGAAAAAAAGCUGGUCAACAUAAAGUUGCAUAGGCCAUUCAUUCACCUCCAUUCUC